CUUCUUUUCUCUUUCUUUUUUUUUUUUCUUUCUUUCCUUCUUUCUCAAUAUUUCACUUUACUCUCAUUUUUUAUUAAAAGAAACAGAAAAAAAAAGAUAAUGCUUAACAACCAAAUGACACCAGAAAAAUUAGUUAUCCAGACAUCUACAUCAACAACUAACAGAUAUGCUUAUAUGAAACCACAUAAUAAACCGAAUACGAAUAAGAACAAGCAUCGUUCUUCUAAACCCACAUUAUCCACCAGCAGCACAAGUAAUGAAGAUAAGAUUUUCCCAACACCGCCCAACUCACCUGAAGCUACUCCUCAACAAUAUACCACCACCACCACCACCACUAAUAAUAACAGUAAUAAGAAGAAAGUCAGCAGCACCUACGAGUAUAAUAACCGUAUUUUAGCAGCAAAGAGAAAUGGCAAUAUACGUGUUGUCAUGAACGAAUUUAUCUCCAUGAAGAAAAACUCGGUUCAAAUGACUCAUCAUACCUACAACUUGGUUUUGGAAUCCCAUGCUAUCCUGCGUCGUGAAGGAACUCCUUUGACUACCAUGAUGAAAAUUUAUAAUGAAAUGAUUCAAUACAACAUUCAGCCUAAUACCUACACCUUUAUCUUGAUGAUUCGCACGUUAUGUAAGCGUGAUGUCGAAGUGCAAAAGACCGUUGCCAUGUUGAAGAGACAGUCAGCACGUAUCGGUCAUGAAAAUGAAGACGUUGGUCUUCUUGAAGCCGAAGACAACCUGAUGAAAGCGCUUGCUGUAUUCCACCAUGCUGUAUCCGACGGUAUCUCUAUCAACACCUUUGAGGUCGAGAUCUUUAAUCAAUUACUUCGUGUUCUCUCCCACUAUGGUGGUACGAUCGAUGCCAAUUUUGUUUACAGCCAAUUAGAACAGCCUCAUGUUCAGGCUAAACCUAAUUCUGCUACCUAUGCUGCUUUAAUCAAUCUCUUUGGCCGUGCACAUGACAUUGAGAUGGCUCUUUAUUAUUACGGUGUUUAUACUCAAGUCAAGGCCGAUCUUGGUCCUCAUGAUACCUCUUAUAUCUUUAAUGCCUUGGUCGACUGUCAUUUGAAGUGUGGACUUUUGGACGGUGCGCUUCGUGUGGUUGAACAUGAAAUGGUUGAGAACGGCAUCAAGCUCACUUGCAUCCCUUACAACUCUAUCAUUCGUCACUACUGUGCAACUGAUGCGAUGGACAAAGCAGAAGCCUUAAUUGAUCGUCUGGUCAAGGGCCACGAAGAAGACAGCACUAAAUUCCCUCUUCCAGAUGCCAGCAGUUAUGGACCCAUCUUGUCUGCGUAUUGUCAAGACAAUAAAUGGGAAGAAGCCACACGUAUCUAUGAUGCUUUGAUCAAGACCGAUAUCAGCAAGGCCUACGGAAAUUUAGCCAAUUAUGCUCUUCUUUGUUUAGCUCAUAACGAUCGCGACAAGUCCUUAUGUGUGAUUGAAGAUAUGACCAAAGCCAACUUGGAGCCUGAUCCGGUCCUUGCUGAACGCAUUAUUACGAGUUUUUCUCAGGCGGGCGAAGUAGCACAGGCGAUUGGUGCCUUACACACGAUCCAAAAGGCCAUGUCGUCUCGGUCUCUUGCUAAGGGAGCGCAUCAUCUGAUGGAUGCGGCGUUGGAAAUUAUUCUGGAUUGUACGGCUGUACGACAAAUACUUCAGACGAUGCAUACUGUCAUGUCGAUGGUCAAAGUGAAUCCACCAUUUGAAAUGUCCAAGGCGUUGAUUGAUACUUAUUUUAAUCAAACGGGGGAGUCGCAACAUUUGUUGACCACGGCGGAUUUCGAACUGUUGUUUAAUGCUGCCUUUGUUGUCUAUAGCCGACCUGAAGAAUCUCCUUCAUCAUUGGGAGAUAUUGUGAUGCAAGUGCUUCAAGAUAUGCGUGCGGUUGAUAUUGAAGCGCCGGAUGGACUCUAUCAUAAUGUAUUGACUCAAUUACAGCGUCUGGGUGAUAUUGAAUCUGAAUCUCGAUGGAAGUCCGCCUUUGAUUGUAUUCCCAGCACGACCACGAGUGUUUCAUCGUCAGAUGAGACGAAAGAAGAAGAAAGGGCUAAUGAUGAUGAUGAUGAAGAAGAUGAUAUUAUUAUUCAAAUUGCAGAACAAGAUGAAGAACAAACGAUGAUUGCUCCUCCUACCCCUGUUCUGACCAAAUCCGAAUUGAUUUCCAACGAAGUUUUGAAGGCGAUUAUGAAUGGCAAUAGCCGUGAAGCGAUUCGUAUCUUUGAAGACCGUAUUAUCUGUAAAGGACUUUUGCCUUCACCUGAAGUGAUGCGGGAUGUGAUUGCUUUGGCUGGUAAACAAGGUGAUAUUCAAACCGCUUUAACCUUGUACAACAAUUCGAUCUAUGCUUUCAAGGAUAUCCCGGACAUUCAAUCCAAAGAUGCAGCCAUCUAUAUGGCGACCAAUAGUAUUCUUAUUGGAUACGCACAAAAUGGUGAAAUGGAAAAGGCCAAGGUGUAUUACGAUCGUAUCAAGGCCAUGGGUCAUUACCCCGAUAGCAAUGGAUAUGCCAGUCUCUUGCUGGGUAGCGCCAAAUGUGCCACGGAUGAAGCCACGGACGCGCUUGUUAUUUACGAAGAAGCCAAACGGCAUCAUGUGAAACCCACCACUUUCUUUUACAAUGUUGUUAUCUCGAAAUUGGCGAAAGCGCGAAAACUGGACUCUGCUCUCUGUCUCUUUGAUGAAAUGCGAUUGUUCAAGAUUCCCGCUAACUCGAUCACGUACGGUGCUAUUAUCUCGGCUAGUGUACGAUCUGGUUCUGAGGGACAAUCAAGACGUUUGUUUGGAGAGAUGUUAUCAUCGCCUAGCUACCAACCUCGCGUAGGGCCUUUUAACAACAUGAUGCAAUUCUAUGUGCGUCAGCAUCCGGAUCGAGAGCGUGUACUUGAGUACUUUCAAGAGUUGCGACGAAGACAUAUCAAGCCUUCUCCUCACAGUUACAAGUUAUUGAUGGAAGCGUAUACACAUAUUGCACCUUAUGAUAUGCCAAUGGCACAUAAGCUACUGAGCGAUAUGGACCGCUGUGAUCGACUUCGACCUCAAGCGACGCAUUAUGCCACGCUUAUUUAUUCUUAUGGUAUUCUUCAACGCGAUGUACAAAGUGCGGAGCGUGUAUUUUUCGAAAUGAAGCGAUGCAAGAUCCAUCCUGAUGAAGCUGUUUAUCAAGCAAUGAUUGAUACGUUUAUUAGUAACGAUGCGCUCGAGAAGGCUGAAGUGGUUUACUAUCAAGAGUUGCAAAAGGACCAUCAAUUGCAAAAGAGUGGGUCGCCCUAUAUUGAGAAUCUGUUUAUUCGUGGGUAUGGUGAAAAGAACCAGUUGGACAAGGCGGAGAAGAUCUUUGAGGCCAUGUCGGAUGAUAAGUAUCAUCAAAAACAUAAGGUUAUUCGAGAACCGAGUACGUUUGAAGCCAUGAUUCGAGCCUAUCUUUUAGACGAUAAAAUCGAUAAGGCCAAAAUGAUUUUGGAUAAGAUGGUGAAGCGUGAUUUCCCCCCAAAAGUAAUUGGCGUUGUUGCUGAUUUAGUAUUAGAGUAAACCCCCCCCCCUUCCCCAGAAAAACAAAACUUAUUUCUCUUCCCCCCCCCAUCUUUUGACCCUAUGUAUAUAUAUAUAAAUUUAUAAGCCCCCUAUCUUUUUUAAAAGAAAUAAAAUAUCCCCUCCUUUCAUGAUUAUAAC